UUACCCCUUCGUCUCCAUGCAAAAAUAAAAGCCCCCCUUCUCUCUUCUUCUCCUACUUUCAAACCCUAAAACAAUAUUAAUCCAAAGCAAAAAAAGAAACCUAAAACAGCAAAUAAACUCAACGAAAGAGCGCUUUUUCCUUUUGUUGUUCUGAAAGAUAUGAGAGUCCCCGUUACCUCCCCACAAAACAACCCUUCUCCGACCCCAAAACCUAACAACAAUAACAGCAAUAACAACAGUGUUGUUUCAAGCAGGAACAUCAGUUUCCACGGGCUUAACAGUGUUCCAACCUCGUGCCAUGAGCCAACUUCCUUUCUUGAUCUUCCUCGAAGUUCAAGUCCGGUGCACGAAAAGCCAGCUUCAAGUCCUGCCGAUGUUUCUUAUUGCGUCUCAGUGUCGAAUCCUCAUCCUCAUCAUCAUCAUCAUCAUCAUUCUCUUGAGUGGGACGAGCAUGUGUUGCGAAACAUGGAUUGGGAUUCUAUCAUGAAGGACUCCGGAUUGGACGACGAAUCUAUGCUUGCUAUCAAAACUAAUAAUCCUCAAGCUAUUACUCCUUGCGAGAAUCAUAUCCAAAGCCUCCCUGAGUUCAUGUCUUGCGAUUUGAAUCAUCACUCGGUCCAUCCUGAUUUUAACAAUCUUUACGAUUUUUAUUCUGGUCUAAAUCAAGACCCAUCUCAUCAAAAUUUUAAUACUGCUACUAAUAAUUACCUUGAUAAUAUUUCUAAUAGUUGUAAUUUUCAUAACGUUGGCAACUUCAACUUAGGCUUUGAUUUUAUAGAAGAGCUGAUAAGAGCCGCGGGUUGUUUCGACACCAACCAAUUGCAACUCGCGCAGGUAAUAUUGGCGCGGCUCAAUCAGCGGCUACAAUCUCCUUCGGGCAAACCGUUACAAAGGGCCGCUUUUUACUUCAAAGAAGCUCUCCAGUCUCUACUUACUGGGUCAACUGGGUCGACUCGUUUAUCUUCAUGGAGUGAAAUCGUUCAAACCAUCAAAGCCUACAAGACCUUCUCUGGAAUCAACCCUAUUCCCAUGUUCAACCACUUUACCACCAAUCAAGCUAUCCUCGAAGCACUGGAUGGACCAGCACCGUUGAUACACAUCAUCGAUUUUGAUAUCGGGCUGGGAGGUCAAUACGCUUCUUUAAUGAGAGAAAUGGCUGAAAACAAUGAUCAUUCUUGCAAGUUCAUUCGAAUAACUGCUGUGGUUCCCGAAGAAUAUGCCAUUCAAACAAGGCUUAUCAAAGACAACCUUUUCCAGUUCGCUCAAGACCUUAAAUUAAGGUUCCAGAUUGAGUUUGUUCUCCUUCGGACCUUUGAAAUGUUGUCUUUUAAAGCUUUUAAGUUCAUUAAUGGGGAACAAACGGCAAUCCUUUUAUGUCAGUCUAUUUUCCGAUGUCUCAAUUUAAACGUCACGGCGUUUUUAAGUGACUUUCGGAGGGUUAAUCCGAGCGUCGUCGUAUUUGUAGAUAGUGAGGUGUGGAUGGAGUCAAGGACGACGUCGUUCCGGAAGAAUUUCGUGAACGGGUUGGAGUUCUACGCCAUGAUUUUCGAGUCAUUGGAUGCGGCGGUCGUCGGUGGGGAAUGGGUGAAGAAGAUAGAGACGUUGUUGUUGCGGCCGAGGAUUUUGGCUGUGGUGGAAGCUGCGUGGAGGAGGACUGCUCCGCCAUGGAGGGAGGUGUUUUGUAGGGCGGGAAUGAGGGCGGUGCAUUUGAGUCAGUUUGCUUAUUUUCAAGCUGAGAGUUUGUUAGCGAAGCUGCCGGUUAGGGGAUUCCACGUGGCGAAAAGACAAGCCGAGUUAGCGCUUUGCUGGCACGACAGAUCCUUGGUUGCCACGUCAGCUUGGAGGUGUUAAGGCUUAGCCUAGCUGUAUACAGGAUUAGUAGUAGAGGCUUGAUCGGGGAUGUAAAAUGUAUCUAUCCCGUUCCAAUUUAAUCUUUUACCGCGUUUGGAACCUUUGAUGUUUUAUUUUUAAUCCUUUUUUUUUUUUAAUUUCUUUUUAUCAUUUGGUGCAGUAUUUCUGAAAGAGCUGCUGUGCCUUUAGCUUUAGGUGGUCUAGUUUCUUCUUAUCCAGGACAUAUAAUACGAGUCUCCAAACAACACUUUGCUCCAAACAUUUUUAGCGACAGAGACAGUUUCUUGUAUUUUAAAUAAAACCACUAGGUCCUU